AUGUCGUCUUUAACCUUUGUUUCUCAAAAAGCUUCCAAAAAGAAUCAUAAUUAUCCAAAGCCAAUUCCUGCUUAUUUUCCUACGUCUAAAGAUUCUAUUUUAAUUCCAAAGUUCGAAUUCUAUGAUUUGGUAAAGGAAAGUCCAAGGCAUUUAGUGGCAAGCCAUCAUGUGCCCAUUCGCUCUGGGAAAGCCUGGAAGGCUAAAAAGGGCUCGAUUGUGCGUAUUUCGACACCCGAAGGUCCUCAGGUCUGCGACUUCAAUUGCUGGAGUGCUGACUCUGAUUUCAAAGAGCAUAUGUGGGCCUCGCGCACUAGGCAAUUACAUUCUGCUCACGUUUCAGUAUAUGACAAGUUAUGGUCCAACUUACCCUAUUUGCGUCCAAUGCUAACCAUCAUUGACGAUUCGCUUGCUGACUACGGUCCUGAUGAGCACAAUGGGCGAGUCCAUGAUUUGCUCGGCACCAGGUGUGAUCCUUACGUUGAUAAGCUAUUAAGCGGGCAAGAUAACGAUUUCCACUGCCAUUCCAACUUGUAUAGGGCGAUAAGAGAAUAUGGUGGUGAAGAAGAGAAUAUUCAUGACGUGCUCAACAUAUUUCAAUUGACAGGUUUGAACGAGUACGAUCAAUACUUUAUGGAGACUUGCCCCGCAAAAUCCGGUGACUACUUCGAGUUCUUCUGUGAAAUCGACUUGAUAUGCGCUAUCUCGGCGUGCCCUGGCGGCGACCUUUCGAACUGGGGAUGGGGAGAAGGCGCCUCAGAUGAGAAUAACCAAAAUGUUUCUGACAUGACAGGUGUUUGUAGACCACUGCAAGUCGAAGUUUUUGAACUUGAUGACCCGCUCGCAGUGCUUGCUGGAUGGGAAUCUCCAUCUCCAGUGAAGUACAACGGUAAUCACGGAAUUUAA